GCCUGACGUGUGAGCUGCUCUGCUAGCUUGUUGCCGGCCGUGUUCGCACGUACUCGACCCAUCAUCGGCUUCCCGCCUCUUUUCCUUUCAAAAGAACAAACCAGCUCAUCAGGCAGGCUCAAACAGCACGAUGGUGCCUGUCGGGAGUGACGAAGCAGCGGAGGUGGCGGUGGACGGGGAGUGCUCGCCGCCGGCAGCGACGACGACGCGGAGCGGGACGAGCAGGAGCCACAGCGAGGCGGAGCGGAAGCGGCGGCAGCGCAUCAACGCCCACCUCGCCACGCUGCGCACCCUCCUCCCUGCGGCGUCGCGGAUGGACAAGGCGGCGCUGCUCGGGGAGGUCGUGCGGCACGUGCGGGAGCUGCGGGGCGAGGCGGACGCUGCGGCGGCGGGCGUGGCCGUGGCCGUCCCGGGGGAAGGCGACGAGGUCGGCGUCGAGGAGGGCCAGCAGCACUGCUUCUGCCACGGCGGGGAGAGGGAGAGGGCCGCCGCCGCCGCCAACACCAGGCGCGUCAGGGCGUGGGUGUGCUGCGCCGACCGCCCGGGGCUCAUGUCCGAGCUGGGCCGCGCCGUGCGGUCCGUCAGCGCGAGGGCCGUGCGCGCCGAGAUAGCCACCGUCGGCGGGAGGACGCGGAGCGUCCUGGAGCUGGACGUCGUUGGCGGGCACCACGACGGCGAGGGCACGUCGACGUCGUCACGGCCGGCGCUGCAGGCGGCGCUCCGGGCCGUGCUGCUCAGCCGGGAGGAGAUGCUCGGCGCCGAGUGCUACAAGAGGCAGCGCUUCUCGGCGCACCUCGCCAGGGUUUAGUGGCACUGUACAAGUGAGGGACUGAUGGGAGACAGAAGAGAAAGGGAAGGACUGUGCCAUGUCUGCUACCGGUGCUACUCGUACCUUUUAGUUGGAACAUGUAGAAUAUCAGAGUUUCCAUUGCCGACUCUUUUGAACGAACAACACUGUCAACAAGCAAAUUUGACGAGGCCGUAUAAUAUUUGUAUUUCACAGUUAUAAUGAUACAACAAAUGGUACACAUGUUACAAUAA